ACCACUUCCUGCCAGAAAACAAGAUGGCUGCCCGCUAUGCACCGACGGCGUUUUUAUUUACGUUUGUCGCUUUGGGACUAAAACAAGAUAAGGCAGGCGUUUUGCACAUUUCCAAAUAUAUUUAAAUGUGCGUACUUUAUUGGCGCUUUGGUACGCAAUCUUUUCUUUUUCAGGACGUCGUCCGGUACUGACUGGCAGAUUUUUCAUUUUCGCUGACCGAGCGGGGAAGCCAGAUGAGAGAGCGUUACUCAGUAGUCAUUGACUUUAUUUUACUUAAUUAGUAUAAAAGCAUUGCUGCCACUUGGACGCAUUUACUCGCUCACGUUUCCGUGUCGCUAUUAUGUUCAGCCCCGUCAACUCCGCUUACUUCCGCGUCAGUCCGGCCACUGUCAACAGAGAACUGGGCAAGACCAAGAUGAGAUAGCAACAGGUGGCGUGGCGCGUUUACACGGUCGGUGAAGCCAAAACGAAACAAAAAACGUCAUGUUUGGAAAUCUUUUUGAAGAAGAAGAAUGCGAAGAAGGGUCCUCUUCCUCCGCUACUCACUCCGGUGGGAGGGCUGCCAAGGGGGGAGAUGAGCCCCCAGCUCCUCGAGGAAGGAGCAACCUCUGCGGCAUCAGGAACCAGGGAGGGACCUGCUACCUCAACUCUCUGCUCCAAACACUCCUGUUCACCCCCGAGUUCAGAGAGGAGCUGUUCAGUUUGGGGACCGACGAAUUGGGAUGUCUUGAAGACAAAGACAAAACAGGGGCCAAAGUCCGAGUGAUCCCACUGGAGCUCCAGAGACUUUUUGCUCGUCUUCUGCUGGUCGACCAGCAGAGUGCCUCCACCGCUGAUCUCACUGACAGCUUUGGCUGGAACAGCAGCGAGGGAACAAACCAGCAUGAUGUGCAGGAACUCAACCGCAUUCUCUUCAGCGCCUUGGAGCACUCUCUUGUGGGCACCUCCGGGAGCACACUCAUCCACCGCCUGUACCAUGGCACCAUCGUCAACAGCAUCGUCUGCAAGGAGUGCGGGAACGUCAGCCAGCGACAGGAGGACUUCCUGGAUCUGACGGUGUGCGUGUGCGGCGUGUCCAGCCUGGAGGAGGCUUUGUGGAACAUGUUUGUGGAGGAGGAGAUGUUUGAAGGCAAUAAUCUGUACCGCUGUGCGCUGUGUAACAGGCUGGUCACUGCCGCCAAGUCUGCCAAGCUGCAGAAGCUCCCUCCAUUCAUAACCAUGUCCUUGCUGAGAUUCAGCUUUGACUUUGCUAAAUGUGAGCGCUACAAGGAGACGGGUCGCUACAGCUUCCCACUUACCAUCAACCUACGACCGUUUUGUGAACAGGCUGAUGGAGUUGCCGCCGAUUACUCCUACGAGCUGUUCUCUGUGAUUAUCCAUAAGGGCGGCUGCUAUGGCGGCCAUUAUCAUGUUUACAUCAGGGACAUUGACCGACUUGGCCAUUGGGAGCCGCCGGUGGAGGACAACAAAACAAGGACGCAGAGGAACGUCAAUCAAGAAGUCAAGGAAGUGCGCCAGACCAAACUUAAUGAAGAUGACCCUUUGUGUGUCCUCACAGCGAUUAUCUCCCAGGAGCCCUCAAAGAGCGUCCUAUUGGACCAGCUGGGCCAGAAACUCAUGGAGAAGAUUGGUUCCUCCUGGAGUAAAACCUUCAGGAAGUCCUGUGGCCCCAUUGGCAAGUUCCUACAGUCACACGGUGAUCUUUUCAUGCUGGUUUCUAACGGUACUCGAGUGGCACUGAAGGCAAACCUGCCUAGCCCUAUCACGAGCGAGCCCCCUGGACAAGCGGAUCGCUCUGCGAACGAAGGCCCAGAAUGUGGUGCUGUUGAAGGGCCGAAGCCUGAGCAGGAGGGUGACCACUGGUUUGACUUGAAUGACGCUGCUGUGACCUCCAUCGGGGUGUCGGACAUAGAGAAGCAGUUCCAGGGCAAAGAGAGUGCCUACAUGCUGUUCUACAGAAAAACACAGCUACAUCGGCCCACUGGAGCUCUCAGCAGCCCUCAGUACAAAGUUCCUCAUCAUCUCAUACGGAUGGCAGAGGAGGAGAACAUCAAACUGCAGAAGAUGCGGGAGGACUAUGAGGCCAGUAAUAACAGCUUUGAGCUUCGUCUCCACCUGGCGUCCUCUUACAGGCUAAUAAACGGAACCCUGCAGCCUGUUAGCAAAGAGCCCAAUGUAGCCACCACACUCGCUUUUGAUCGCAGGAAGACCGUUGGAGACCUGCGGUUAGCUAUAUAUCAGGAACAGGAACAAUGGGAAGGAGACAUGGCUCUGACUGUGGCCAAGAUGCUUCCAGCAGGCCUCCACCUGUACAAUACUCUCACAGAUGACAGUGCCUCGCUGUACAGUGCCGGCCUCUGUGCCAACUGUGACCUGUUUGUUUGGAACGGCCGAGAGGUAUGUGGUGCAGGUAUCCUUACCGGAGCCGAGUGGGAGCCGGUGUUGCUAACGGUCGUCCGACCCUUUGUGGAACCACCCGGAGACCAUGUGAGGAUGGAAUUUGAGGAGGCCACAAGCGGCGGGCUUAAAAAGGAGGCCAGAGCGUUCGCAGGCGGCGCCACCCUCGGGGAGGUGCGGGAAGCCCUGGGCCAGCCCGUUGGGAGUCUGCUGUGUCAGGAGCGCUCGGGGGCUAAAGUAGGAGAGCACUGCACAGGCGAGGGGGGCGGCGCCAGCGGUUGGCGAGUGUUCCCACCCGACGACAUGCAGCGGACACUGAAGGAGCUGUCGCUGAAAGACGGAGACGCUCUGUUGGUGCUGGAGCCGCAGUCAUGUGAUAGCAGCAUGUUCACGUUAAACGGAGACGUGGUCACCGUGAUGACGCCGUCAGACUGCCGCUGGCUCCAAGUGGAGUUUUGCUCAGCGCAUGGUGGCGGAGGAGGCGACGUGGACGAGAGGAGGAUAGUCAAGGUUCCUGCAACAGGAAAUAUGCUGCUGUGUGAUGUGAAGCAGAGGGCCAUUGAGGAGCUGCAGCUUCCCAGUGCACAGUACUGUCUGAGGCAGGUGGACCGCAUAGGGAAACUCCUUCCUCCAGUGUGCGAGGAGCUGAGCGUGCGGGAGGCCGGCGUACGACUCAUGACCACCAUGACGCUUUGUCUGGGAUGCGCCCCUCAGGCCUCGCAGCUUUUCCUGCACUUCUCUGUGGGUGCAGCGCCCUCUGCUGGAAUAGAGAUGGACAUCAUCGUAGAGAGGACUUGCACUGUUAAAGAGUGUCUAAAGGCGAUGCUGGAUGCUGUUGGACUUGAUGGCACCUGUUGGCAUUUGAGGAGGCUGGAUUGGUGCGAAGAAGUGGGAGAGGCUCUGAUUGAGGAGCAUGCAUCUCUGUCAGAGUUGAAGAUAAACAACGGAGAGACGUUAGUCGUCACGGAAGGUCAACUUCCUCCAAAGGGUUUUCUCAAGCUGUCCAUGUGGCUCCCUAUGGAUGCAGCGAGCAGCUUCACCGACAACAGCCACACAGAGGAGCAUGCGGCGGAGCUUCAGGCUGCAGCUCAAAAACACGUUCAUACCUCACAACUAACAAGUGUGGGACAACUGGAGAUAUCUGUGGAGGCCACUCUGGAGGACCUCAAGGCUCAGGUGUUGACGCUUCCUGCUCUCCAGGAAGCGUGUGUACCCGCCGCUGCCUUCCUGCGCUUGUGGGAGAUGGAAGGACUCACCCCAGCACGCAUACUCAGAGGACACCAAGUCACACUCAGGAAGCUAAAGCUAACUAGCGGCACAGACCUUUGCAUACAGCAGCUGCAGAAAGCUGAAGAUCUAAGUCCUAAGGAGAUACUGCUGAAUGUUAAGAUGGGGAUACCCGGGGAGCGGUGCUACUACCCUCCAGAGGAGCUGAUUUGGGAUGCGUCGCGGGACUCGUCGCCUCGCAGCUUGCGCACCUGUGUGGCCGCAUGCUACGGCCUGUCACCUGACUCUCUGCUGCUGGCGAAACACCACCCAGACAAGCACACUUGGGAGGAAAUCAUCUCCAGCUGGAGCCAGCAGGUGUCCAAGAAGAAAAAGAAGAAAAAGACGGAAUCGCUACUAGGAGCGCCAUUUCAUCUCAAAGAUAAUGAUGUAAUUGGUGUCAAGAACCUUUUGAUUGACAACAAGGAGUUCUACACGCGGGAGGAUGAACAAGGCCAGCAGAGGCUAAGAGAGCAGGCGGAACAACGAAGGAAAGGAGAGCAGGCUGCAGGACGUUCGGACUGUGCCGGAUCUCAGAAGAAGGCCGGAGGAGACGCAAGGACCAAAUCCAAGAAGCCAGAGGUGGCUCUGUCGAUCAACGUCGGCGUCUUCAGGUAGCACGACACUGCCAGGAGCGCAAGGACAUGUCUCAACUACCUGUCACUUACACACACAGUCAGGUGCCAUGUUGCAUUUAGGACAAUCCUCUAGGCAUCCGGCAGCCACUUUCCCCCCUCCAAGUCCUACACCUUAAAAUCUGUAUUUAUCAAAAUUCCUUACUGUUAGUAUCAUGGUUAUUAUAGUCAUUUUUUCUUAUUUUAAUGUCAGGUUGACCCUCAGGAAAAAAAAACAACCUUGGGCAGUAUGCAGUACCUUUUUUAUGUUGUUAUAACCAAUCUGCGGUGAUGAUAACCAUAGAGAUCAGGGGGACUUCUUAUAAUUGACCAGCCAGUGUGGGCUUGACUUCCAUCAUUAUAAUUCUAAAGUUUGUGAUGGAUGAUGUACAGUAUUAUAAGAUAUUUAAAGGGAGAUAGAGGCCUUUUAAAUUGAUUAGUGCCGUUGAUUCUCCCUACCUCACUUUUUGCCUCUCUGUCUACCUCUGCUUUCCCCCUUUUUAUCACAUGAAACAAACACGCUGCGUAGCAGUAAAGACGAAAAUCUGACGCAUUUCUUGUCAUUUGAUGAACGGUUGAUCAAUCGAAUGGUGCAGUCUGAGACAAAAUCAUUUUUCUAACUUUGAUGACACCUCAUGAACUGACUUGAUAUUCUGUAAAAACAUGAGUAAACACACUUUGUAUUUAAUCUUGGAACCGGAAAUGUUCUUGCAUGCGCUUGGUGUGAACUUCUACUAAAAUGAAAUAUGAGUGAGGUUUGUUGUGCAGAUUCAUGGCAAUAAUUUGGCCUCAAUUAGUGCUGAGAAUUCACAAGUGGCAAUUAUUUCUUUUUUUCUCCGAUGAUGUCUAACAGUACAUUUAGUUGUGUAUGCUUUCUGAUAUAUGAAACAGUUUACUGUAACAAUACAUCUGUGUCAAAUUGAAUCCCCCCAUCCCCCAAAAGUAUUUUUAACAACAAUAAACAUGUACACUAUUGUCA